GAUCAUCUUUACACUGAGACAUAGAAUAAACAGCAUUGUCAUCAUGAGUGAAAUGUCAAAAAAUACUUUAAAGCUUCAACUCUUACAGCUGAAGUGCCAUUUUACUUGGGCAUUAAAGGAAAAGAACUGUGAAAUUGAUGAGAUAGAAGAAAGAUUAUAUGAUCAGCUGGAAUUGUCCUAUUCUAAGAAUAAACACAUGGUUCACAAUUUAUUAGGUUAUAUAAAACAUCUGAAUGGUGAUUACCCAGAAGCCAUUUCUCAUUUAGAAAAAGCUGAAGAGAUGAUUUGUGAGGCAUAUUUGGAUAAAACAAACAGUAAAUACCUUGUGACCUAUGCUAACUAUGCUUGGGUCUACUUUAUGAUGGGGGAGGAUGAAAAAUCUAAAAUCUACUUAGAGAAGGUAAAAAGUAUUUACAAAGAAUAUAAAUUUUCAUUCCAAGAUAAUAUUGAGUUAUCUGAUCUAUAUGGUGAACAGGGAUGGUCUCUGCUGAAAUUUUCUGCAAAAGCCUAUGAAGAAUCUAAAGAGUGCUUUAAGAAGGCUCUUGAGACUGAACCAGAUGAUCCUGAGUGGAACACAGGCUAUGCAACCGUAGUGUAUCGUAUGGAAGUUAUUGAUAGAAGUCUAUAUCCAAACACCAGCGAGGAGUCUUUACCAUUGUUGAAACGAGCUAUAGAACUAAAUCCCAAGAAUUCUGUGGUGAAGGCACUUCUUGGCUUGAAACUUCAGGAGUUAAAGCAAAAUAAAGAGGCACGAAAAUGCAUUGAAGAAGCUCUUGAGCAAACGCCAAAUCUCCCAUAUUUACUUCGCUAUGCUGCUAAAUUUUACAGGAAGGAAGGAAUGAUUGAUGAAGCUCUUCGUGUUUUAAAGACAGCUGUAAACUUAUUACCUAAUUCUGGAUUUCUUCAUCAUCAAAUAGGAUUGUGCUACAGGCAAAAAAUGAUCCAAUUGAAAACUGCAAAGGGACGGAGACAUUAUGACGUUUCCAAUAACGAGGAAAUAAACAGACUUAUAAAAAAUGCCAUAUUUCAUUUUGAAAUAGCCUUAGAGCAUAAAAAAACUUUUGUAUUUGCAUUCAAUGAUUUAGCAAAUAUGUAUAAAGAAGCAAAGGAAUAUGACAAAGCAGAAGAAACAUUCCAAAAAGCUUUCAGCAUUAAAUAUCUUACAGCAGAAGAAAAGCAGCAACUCCAUUUCAGUUAUGCGCAGUUUCAAGAAUAUGGCAGAAGGUCAGAAGCUGAUGCUAUAAAACAUUAUAAAGAAGGGCUAAACAUACCAGAAAAUACAUUUUUAAAACAGAAAUGUGAAAAUGCUUUGAAAAAGUUAGCAAAUAAAAUGGUGGAAAGAAAUGCUACGGGUGCCUAUGGAUUUAGUUUGCUCGGGUUCAUUUAUAAGGUCAAUCAGAAAAAAAUGGAUGCAAUUGAAUGUUAUGAGAAAGCCUUAAAGCUUGAUCCAUAUAAUGAAGAAUAUCUGAGUGAGCUCUGUGACCUGAAAUUGAAUGUAGGUUAGAAAUACCUUAAUUAUGACAGAAGACAAGAACUGGAAAAUCAGUAAAUCUUUUUUUAUACACUUUUAAAUAUAGAUGUUUCUCCUAAUUAUGCUAAAACUAUUUAUUUGCCUAUAAACUAUACCAGGCUUCUAAAACACUUUUUAUUUAGAAUAUUUUUUUCAUAUUGGAUUAGCAUUAGGGCCAAUAAUUUAAAAUUGUACAUUUGAGACAAAACAAUCUUUUUUGCUGUUUUUUUUUUCUAUUCAGUUAUUAAAAGCGUUCUUAAAAAUCACACUUUAAAUUUAGGCGUAAGGAAACCGUUUCUGCCCACUUAAAAAUAUCUAUACAUGCCUCAAUAUAGUGUGUAUCAAGUUAUUGGUACACAAUUAAGUGUUGUAUUAUGUAUUAAUCACUAACAAAAGUACAUUACAGGUAAAUGCUAUUUGAUAAACACAAGCAGUAUAGUCUAUAUAUAUAUAUAUAUAUAUAUAUAUAUAUAUAUAUAUAUAUUUAUAUAUUUAAUGUAUGUAUUAGUUGUCAGAUGCAUUUGUGUUUUAAAUGAAAUUUAUUGUGUUUGAAAAGCAAACAUUUUCUAUUCUUAACUCAAAAAGGUUAGACAGACAGACAGAUAGAUAGAUAGAUAGAUAGGACAGACAGACAGACAGACAGACAGACAGACAGACAGACAGAUAGAUAGAUAGAUAGAUAGAUAGAUAGAUAGAUGAUAGAUAGAUGAUAGAUAGAUAGAUAGAUUAGACAUACAUACAGACAGACAGAGAGACAGACAGACAGAUAGAUAGAUAGGACAGACAGACAGACAGACAGAUAGAUAGAUAGAUAGAUAGAUAGAUAGAUGAUAGAUGAUAGAUAGAUAGAUAGAUUAGACAGACAUACAGACAGACAGACAGACAGAUAGAUAUAUAGAUAGAUAGAUAGAUAGAUAGAUAGAUAGAUAGAUAGAUAGAUAGAUAGAUAGAUAGAUCGUAAAUUAGAAAGUUGAUUCAAAUCGUAUGCUCUAUCUGAUUCAUAAACGAAAAAUGUUGGGUUUAGUGUUCCAUUAAUGGGCAUUGGAGCUUUUGUAUACUAGUCAGCAAGUUUUAUUAAAAAGAAAAAAAAAAGAAUAAUCUAUCCAAUCCCGAACUGUUUGCUUGAAGAGCCUAUUUUAUGAAUGUGGGCAUAAUUUAUCUCUGCUAUAAUUAAUAAGUCAGAUUCCGGAAAAAGGGUUAGUAAAAGAUUAUCUUGCUAGAGAAUAAGCUCUCAUGUUAGUGAUUAUAGGUUCAAUCGUUUCAUAGAAUACGGAAGUAAACUCGUUUUGCUAUAAUUUAACCCUUUGCACAACAUGUUUCUUUAUUUCACUGCAAUGCAAUAUUUGUUAUAAGAGAACGUUUUUGUUUUACAUUAGACUAAACCUGGCUAAACAUCUGCAAUGCAUAUAAGUAACUUACAGAACUGCAAUUUAGUUAAUCUUUUUCAUUUCAUUUGUUUAGUUAUUAAAGGGACACUCAAGUCAAAAUUAUCUUUUAGGAUUCAGAUAGAACAGCAGUUUUAAGACACUUUCCAAUUUAUUUCGAUUAUCACAUUUUGUACACUUUUUAUAUACACACUUUCUGGAAAACAAGAUUCUGCUGAGCAUGUGCACAAGCUCACAGGGUAUGCGUAUUCUAGUCUGUGAUUGGUUGAUGUCUGUCACAUGGUACAGGGGGGCGGAAAAUGAGAUAAAAAAAUAUGUGAAAUUCAGAGUAGGUGUUAAAUCAUUGUCUUUUUAUUGUUACUUAUGCAAUUCUACUGCAUGGAUUUUUUUUUUACUAUAUAGAGACUGAUAACGUAUAUUGUUUUUGACAAAAAAAAAAUGUGUUAUAUUAAAUAUGUUCAAUAACUUGUCAUUUUACUUGUUUAAUAAAAUAAAUUGCAAAUAGAAUCAUAUAUGGUAUUGCUUAUAUCGCUAAUAAAGAAUAAAAUAAAA